AUGUGUGUGUCUGUGUUUGUGUGUGUGUGUGCGUGUGCGCACGCGUGUGUCUCAUCUGUGUGUCUGAUCUAUUGUGUGUGUGUGUGUGUGUGUGUGUUUUCUUCCAGGUUUCCCCCCGUGAGUGAGAUGGCUGAGGUGGGGAAGGUGGUCGGGGUCAUACUGGCUGCUGCUGUCAAUCAAACGAUAAUCUACUCUAUAGUGGAGGGCAACGAGGGAGGUGAGUAGCAUACUAUAACCUACACUAUACCUUUGACCUAGUUCCAAAGGCCAUGUUGUCAUUUUCUAUACAGCAGUGAUAGUACCACUCAUUUAUUCUGACACACUAUAAACAACAUAAAGUAGUGAUGAGGUCACUCACAGAGCCAUGCAUGGAACGCUAAACAGCUCUAUAUAGCACUAUAUGGCUCUAUACAGCUCUAUACAGCUAUAUAUGGCUCUAUAUAGCUCUAUAUAGCUCUAUACAGUUCUAUAUGGCUCUAUACAGCGCUAGAUGGCUCUAUAUGGCUCUAUAUAGCCCUAUACAGCUCUAUAUGGCUCUAUACAGCUCUAUAUGGCUCUAUAUGGCUCUAUAUGGCUCUAUAUGGCUCUAUACAGCUCUAUAUGGCUCUAUAUGGCUAUAUACAGCUCUAUACAGCUCUAUAUGGCUCUAUAUAGCUCUAUACAGCUCUGUGCAGCUCUAUAUGGCUAUAUACAGCUCUAUACAGCUCUAUAUGGCUCUAUAUGGCUCUAUACAGCUCUAUACAGCUCUAUAUGGCUCUAUAUGGCUCUAUACAGCUCUAUACAGCUCUGUGCAGCUCUAUAUGGCUCUAUACAGCUCUAUAUAGCUCUAUACAGCUCUAUACAGCUCUAUAUGGCUCUAGUCAGUCACUUACUUUCUCAUCAUUUAGUUAUCAACCCUCCGUUCCUCAGAAUGAUUUCACCAUUUGCCUUGAGCGAGGGGUAAUGUAAAAUAUGUUCAAUAUAAGGUAUACACCGUCAUAGUCAUGGUCUAAAGCACCUAAAAGACUACCAUCUGUCCUGAGACUGCACUAUUUUUUGCCCCUAAGUCUACCAAAGUGUGUGUGUAUGUUUGUGUGCACUAGUCAGUGUCCGCUGACAGAGUUACUGCCAUGUAAAAGCGCCCUGAGGGAUGAUUAGACCCUACCCUCCUCCCACCAAUCCUCACUGUGAUUAAAACAUGGGCUCAUGCUUCUCAGAAUGGGAAAAUAUGAAAUUGCAUCCCCAUAUUGAGCCUCACAUUAAACUACAUCUGAAGCAUUUAUUCAUUUGGAAACAAAGGGAAUUGGUUUCACUUUUAACUCUCAUUAGAUUCAAUGAAGAAGCACCGGGAAGAUAAUGACAGUGUCCUUCAUUGUUGUGGAUUUCAAAGUUUAUGGCGUGCUGGGGGAAUUAAUUUUUAUGUCUGAAAAUAAGGGGAGCGAGAUGAGUACUAGCUAUGCGUUUCAGUGUAAGGCAUCAAUUAGGCCUUACACAAAAAACAAUCAGUGACUCAGUGAUUCUCCAGUGUAGUGUCAUCGCUCUGUGGUGUCGUGCCUCAACACUUGACACUACACACAGUGGGAUUUGGGAAGGUGAAUGCCCUUGUCAUUCUACCCAGGGACUGAUACAGUAUGAUAUGAUAUGGUGCUAGCUCUGCUCUACUCUGUUGAUAUGCGUGUCUCCCUCCUCUCCCCGGACUGAUAUGAUAUGGUGCUGACUCUAGCACUACUCUGUUGAUCUGAAUGUAUCUCCCAGGUGUAUUCAGGCUCAACAACCGCACUGGGGUGAUCUCUACGGCCAAGCUGCUGGACUACGAGACCAACGCCAGCUACAUCCUCAAAGUGGAGGCUGACUCCAUGGGAGUGUCCGGUUCCAAUCUCAGAGCGCCCUCCAAGUGUAAGCCUGCCUACCAUUCAAACUGUCAGUUGGGAAAUUGCACCCUGUUUCCUAUAUAGUGCACUACUUUUGACCAGGGCUAAAAGUCUUCUUCUUUUUGUGUGUUUUAUUGUCACAUACACCGGAUAGCUGCAGUGAAAUGUGUUGUUUUACACGGUCAGCCAUAGUAGUAAAAGCCUUCUGUAGCUUCUGGGGUAAUGGCCUCAGAGUGGUUUAAAAACUGAAGGCAAUAGUCGGCCAAAUAGCUUUUUACGGCCUUAAUUGGAGUAAUUCAAAUGUUUGUUUCUACAGUCUUUCUCUUUCUCUCUCUUGUAACAGAAAUGUGUAUCUGGCAUUUGGCUAUAAAUUAUUUCCAAUCUUUGCUUUUUCCAAAAGACUAAAAACACGCCUCAUCCUUUCACGUUAUUUCGUUUUCUGAUUAGUCAACAUCAUGCUGAGUUGCUGCAGAGGAGACAUUUUAAUUAAGCAGUUACUGGUUCGUGUGGCAGAUUAAACAAGUAAUUAAUUUCUUGCCAAUCUCAUCAUGUCUCCUCAAUAUGCAGAAACAAUCACUCAAAUCAAUUUGAUUCCAAUAGCGCUGUUAUCCAUUACAUCUAAAUGAAACACUUGUAGACAUAGUCACUGCUGUAUGUUAUGCACAGAUAGAGCUUUUUGUAUUACAAUUUGUAAUAGAUUUUGCAUGUUUUUCUUUACUCAAACUCAAUUGACUAAGAAUUUUUGCAUUUCCCCCUCUCUUAAUGGGCCCCGUGUAGCUCAGUUGGUAGAGCAUGGCACUUGCAACGCCAGGGUUGUGGGUUCGAUUCCCACGGGGGGCCAGUAUGAAAAUGUAUGCACUCACUAACUGUAAGUCGCUCUGGAUAAGAGCGUCUGCUAAAUGAUGUAAAUGUAUGUGUCAUUCAAGCUGAGAGGGGGCAGCAGCAAACAUGAUCGAGGAGACCCAAUGGCAAUAGAUUACUUGUUCCAUUGGAGUAUCAUCGUGGGGGGGCUAUUGAUGUUGUUUGAUUCAUCCCACUGGAGGAGUUAGCGUGUUAAAUGGCUGGUCUAGAGGGGAUGGGUACUCCCCAUUGUGUUUGGCUAUGUAGGUGGCCACCAUCAACUGUAUAAUGAAGACACUUUGUUCAAGUGAUUAGAGCCACAUCACUGAUUCAACAGGGGUGCUUAUUUGCAUGCGUGUCUGUGUGUGUUGCAUUGCGGCAGCAGGUACUCUCCUGUUGUUGCCCAUUUAGUGUUGUCAUCCGCUGUAACAUUGGACAUCCUGGCAGGGAUAAACGAGAAAUGUGCCGACUCUACUGUCCCCCUGGUCGGUCCCAGAGCAUUUUGUCAGAUGAUGUAUGGCAUUUUAUUUGGCAACUUCCCUCGGCGCAGUUGUAGCCCUUUAGGAUGUGGCUUUUUACUUUGAGAAAUGACCAACCGCAAUGCAGUGUUGUACUAUAUUAGUCAAACGUCUAAAUCAGUGUAUUGGCAGUGAAUUGUAGACUUCCUGUUUUGUAUAUGAUGCACAUUUAGGCUGUUUAGACAUACCCUCUAGUUUUGUAUAUUUCUAUUUCAUCCAAAUGAGAUUCACCUUUGCUCUGGGGUUCAUUUUGAAUUCUUUGUUUCUUUCUCCUCUGUUUGCAGCUAACACAGCGAGGGUGUUCAUUGAUGUUUGGGAUGAGAAUGAUCACCCUCCUGUCUUUACCAAACCCUUGUACCUGGGAGGAGUGGCAGAGGACGCCAAGACAUUCACUUCUGUACUACAAGUUCAGGUACAUCCAGCUCUUUUCAAACACAAAGGCUGCGUUUAG